UCGGCCGAGAGUCUCUGCCUUUCCCUUCCUGACCCCUAUCCCUUCCUUCCCUCUCCCUCCCCCCUUUCCCCGCUGCCGCAGCCGCUGCCACUGCCGCCGCCGCUCCGGGAGGAGCUCAUCCGUUUCGGCGAUGGGUUCUCGGGCCUCCACGUUACUGAGGGACGAAGAACUCGAGGAGAUAAAAAAAGAAACCGGCUUUUCCCACAGUCAAAUCACCCGUCUCUACAGCCGUUUUACUAGCCUGGACAAAGGAGAGAAUGGUACUCUCAGCCGGGAAGACUUCCAGAGGAUUCCAGAGCUUGCCAUCAACCCCCUGGGAGAUCGGAUCAUCAAUGCCUUCUUCCCUGAGGGAGAGGACCAGGUAAACUUCCGUGGCUUCAUGAGAACACUGGCUCACUUCCGACCAAUCGAAGACAAUGAGAAAAGCAAAGAUGUAAAUGGACCAGAACCACUCAACAGCCGGAGCAAUAAACUACACUUCGCUUUUCGAUUGUAUGACUUGGAUAAGGAUGACAAGAUUUCCCGAGAUGAAUUGUUACAGGUACUACGCAUGAUGGUCGGAGUGAAUAUUUCUGAUGAGCAGCUGGGCAGCAUUGCAGAUAGGACAAUCCAAGAGGCUGACCAGGAUGGGGACAGUGCCAUUUCUUUUACAGAGUUUGUCAAGGUUUUGGAGAAGGUGGACGUAGAGCAGAAAAUGAGCAUCCGGUUUCUACACUAAUAGACUGGGACCAAAUUAUUCCUGACUGUCCUGUAUUUAAGAAGCAGAACUUGAGUUUUUCUCCCUUUCCCUUCAGAGCCCCUUCUCUCCCCAAGCGCUGCUGCUGUUGCAUGACAAAUCCUGCCCUGUUUGUGCCAGCACACACCUGCCAGCCUUGGUGUUAGAAGCAGGGCACUAAGGAAUGAAUGGUACACCUGGGCUUCCUGCUCUCUUCUGUUUCCCCCUCCACGGUUCUCCAUUUAUCAAUAUUGCCUUUUUUCCCUUUUGUGCUGCCGUCAGCUAGAAAUCCAUCCGUCUGAGAAAGGGAGAGAGGGAAUGUACUCCACCCCCAUCCCCAAAGAGCCAGCAAAGCCCCUUCCCUUGAUCUCUGGAGACUGGAGCCAUACAUGUUCUAGUCAGGUUUAGCACGCCUCCUCAGCUUUCUUUAUUGUCUCCACCCGCAUGAACGUAACUGCACAGCCAAUCCUUCAGUCUCAACGUUGCUUUUAUUGAGCCUCCCCCUCCCUGCUCUUCCUUCCCCUGUUACACUCACACAUCUCUAAUGUCAGGGCUUAUAAGGUUGGUGAGAUGGCUGGAUGGUUCUUACCCACCUUCCACUCUUUAACUGGGACUCUUAAGACAUUGUCCUCCUGGGAACUUUUGUAUGACUAUCCUUGGGCUCCUUCCACUCUUGUUGUAGUUGAAGGGCUACAGGAUGGGGACAUCCUUCCUGAAAUGGAGUGGCCAGGGGGAGAGGUGGAGGGUCAAGCCCUCUGGGUGUGCUUGCUUAGGUCACCUCACCUCUGCUCUUUGACCUACACGAUUACUCUUGUUAGUACAGUAUUUACCCUUCAGAAACUAGCCACCUACCUGGAAGCACGCUUGAUUUCUGAGCAGGUAUUACUGGGAUGGUGCCUGUGGCGAUAUGUAUGAGAUUCUCAAGACUCCUUGGAAAGGGAGACAGGCUAGUGUCCUCCAAGGUCCUCGGUAUUGACACCUUCAGGCAGCAUGGUUGUACUUCUCUAUUACCACACGGAAGUAUCUGUACUUUGAGUGUCCAAGUAGACAAAACUAGUGUUAAGGAAGUGCCUAACUUAUCCCAGACUAAGAGAUUUUAAGAUUGUCCUCAGUAUCUUGAAGUUUUGCACACAAAUUCUCUUUAAAAUUGACACUUGCAGAUGAUUAUGCUGGAACGCCUAGCCAGCUCAUGUUACAGGUCCAAAGAGAUGAAUGUAUUGUGAAGUUAGCCUCCUGGUUAACUAGCUUCCUAGUUCCUCCUACACUCCUGCUGCCUGUUCUUCAGGGUGGGUGUGGGGGGUCUGGCACUGAGAUCGCACAUCCCAAGGUGGGUUUGUAGGCCCUUCAACAAAGCCAGAGGGACUUCCCUGCCAAAGUCAGCUUAAUUGAGAUAGGUUCCAUGAAUCAGGCUGUGCCAUGCUAAUCGUUGUAUGAGUUGAUUCAUUUCUGCAUCUGCCCUGGACUGGCUUUUUCCUACUCCUUGCUUGCUUGCUUAUUUGCAUCAGAAAACUGAUCAAGGUGUGCGUGGGAUUCUUUGGGAAGGUACUUUGCUGACCUGUCCUCAAUCAGAAUGCCAGCUAAAAAAGUGGGAUGGGGUAAGGAAGUGGUCAAGGGGAGGGGGGAUGUUGGAGAUGCAAAUUGCCAGUGACUUUCUCAGGAGGGAAUGAACCUAGCUUAUUGCUCAGAUGAUGUAAUAUAGGAAUUGUCGAAAAGGGAAGAAUUGUCUGAUGUGAUCUGUUAGAGAGGUACAUUAGUGGUUUCACUACUUGCAUAUUUAAGGUUCUUAAGGAAAAAAAUGCAUUUUCCCCUUUUGGCUGUAUAGCAAACUGUUUUAAUCCACGGUUGUGCCUUACUGUUCCAUUAAAAUUGUAUUCUUCGAUCCAUCAAUAAAUACUUGUGGUUAAAACAAAAA